AGUUGCGCUGCGCUCGAAGUUGGGGAACUCGUGGAGUGAUUUGCGUCUCCAGAGCUGCGACACAGAGGAAUUAAGCCGCGUGUGGCACCAUGAAGUGUGUUUUCAUCUCGCUGCUCUGUGGAUUGUUGGGGGUCGUGGCCAGAGAGAAAGAUCAGAAGGGGAAGUACAGCGUGCCCAAACUGGAUGUGCAGGACCCGACCCUGGUACUGGACUCCAAACAGACACUGGUGCUCAACUGCAGGGGUCGCUGGAGGCUGGUGUGGGCCUUCCCUGCAGGCCUGGAGCUAGACCAGGUGCAGGUGGAGGAGUCGGCGUGCGGGAGGACGGGUCAGCACUACUGCAGCCGUCUGACGGUCGCCCGCACACAAGCCCAGCACACCGGACUCUUCCAAUGUCGGUAUCAACGUUGGACCCAGAAGAGCUCAUCGGUUUAUGUCUAUCUCACAGACAGCCAGCAGCCGUUUGUGGACCAUUCAGACAUGAGCCCGGAUGUGCUGUACAUGACGGAGAAGCGGCCGCUGGUCAUUCCCUGCAGAGUCACCCAUCCUAACUUCACCACCGUCCUGGUCAAGUCUUACACGGAAGUCUUCAUCCCAGACCAGAGGAACAUCACCUGGAGCAGCAAACAAGGAUUCACCAUUCACUCGCCAACCCUGCGCCAUAUCAACCUUUUCUACUGCCAGACAGUCAUUAACGGCGUGACGCGCACGUCACGCAUGUACCUGGUCCACAGGCUGGUGAGCAACAUCAUGGAGGUUUACUUGAACAGCAGUGGUCCUGUGGAGACGCUGAGAGGAAAGAGACUGGUCUUGAACUGCACUGCGACUGGUGAACUCAAUACCAGAGUCAACAUUUCGUGGGACUAUCCUGGAAAGUACAACAACAGAGGCCACACAUCCAAAAGGCUUCUGAAACUCAGAGCACAUCUACAGUUUAACAACAUCCUAACCAUCCCCGAGGUUCAGCUCUCAGACCAGGGCCUGUACACCUGUCGUGUCACCAGCGGUGAGAAUACCAAACAGCAGAAUGUGUCUGUCAUCGUCUAUGAGCGUCCGUUCAUCAAGUUAAAGCCCAAAAAAGGCUGUGUUGUGAAGGUUGACGCUGGACAGAAAUCAUACAAGAUCACCCCAAAGCUGCAAGCGUUCCCAACCCCUGAGGUUAUCUGGUUUAAGGAUGGGAUGGUGGCAGCGGAUCAGUGCUCCAGGUACCGCGUGUCUGGGAGCUCCCUCAUUAUCCGGGAUGUAGCAGAGGAGGACGCCGGGAAAUAUACCAUCCGGGUUACAAUCCCCGAAUAUGGACUCAGCCGGAAUCUCACGGUCACCCUUGUGGUCAAUGUCUGUCCGCAGAUCGGAGAGAAAGAAGUGUCGCUGCAGGACCCCGGCACUGUGCCUCGCGGGAGCAGGAAAACUCUACACUGCACGUCUCAUGGUGUCCCUCCACCAAACAUCAAGUGGCUCUGGCAUCCCUGUCCAUCUAAAGGCCGGUGCGUGUGUCCCACAUCUUCCUCACUGUGGAGUCCCGUGGAAAAGAGUGGCCCCACCGCGUCCACACACAACCGCAUCCUGAGUGUUAAACACAGACAGGAAGUGCUUCAGGGGAAGAAAAAGGUGGUGGGGGUUCUGAUCGUGGAGGGAGCCUCUGUGUCAGGAAUUUAUCGCUGCAUCGCCUCAAACUCCGCAGGCUCAGAUCAAUUGGACAUCCACUUCUACAUCACCGACACCCCUGGAGGCUUCAGUGUGCGGCAGAGCGAAGACGCGAGAGAGGGCAGCCACCUGAGUCUGACCUGCACCGCCAACAAAUAUCUGUACUCGACACCGUCCUGGAGACGACUGAACGGGACUAGCCACGCGCAACCCAGCGACUUCCCCUUGAGUCUCGAUUUCCAAUCUGGCAAGUUCUCAAACUCUCUUGGGUUGUUGCUAAGCAACCUAACAUCCCACGACUCUGGGACGUACAGAUGCUCCACCCAUCAUCUCCUCUCUGGGAAGAGGACGCACCUUGACACGCAGGUGGUCGUCACAAAACUGCAACCUCCAGUGCUGCUGCGUAACUUGACCGACUGCUCGGUCAAUGUCAGCAGCUCGGUGACCCUCUCUUGUCCCGCCAACGGUGUCCCACCCCCAACUAUCACUUGGUACAAGAACGACAACGCUUUGCUGCAAGGCUCAGGGAUCGUGAUAUCAGAGGAGGAUGGCAGCCUCCACAUUGGCCGGGUGACUGUGGAGGAUCAGGGUUGGUACACCUGUGAGGCCAUCAAUGAGCGGGGCUCGGCUGAGAGCUCUGCCUUCGUGUCGGUCAAGAACAGUCCAUCAGAAGCCUCCUACCUGGAGAUCCCCCUCCUAACCUGCACCUGCGUGGCAGCCACGCUCCUCUGGCUCCUGCUCACAGUCUUAAUUCGUAAACUGCGCCAGGCCAACCGGACCAAACCAGAGUACCUGUCGAUCGUACUGGACUCGGGAGAAGGUGCACCAGAUGAGCAGUGCCAGAGGUUACUGUAUGAUUCCACCCAGUGGGAGUUCCCCAGAGAGCGACUGAAAUUAGGCAGGAAUUUGGGACGAGGAGCGUUCGGGAGGGUGAUGCAGGCCUCCGCGUUCGGUAUCCACAGCAAGGCUGGUUGUGAGACUGUGGCCGUGAAAAUGCUCAAAGAGGGCGCCACGGCCAGUGAAUACAACGCUCUGAUGUCUGAGCUGAAGAUCCUGAACUAUAUUGGUCACCACUUGAACGUCGUCAACUUGCUUGGGGCCUGCACCAAACCAGGAGGUCCCCUGAUGGUCAUUGUGGAAUACUGCUGCCACGGAAACUUGUCAGCCUUUCUGAAGAACAAGCGAGAGGUGUUUGUGCAAAACAGGGUGGCCCGUUCAGAGUUUGACUCUCGAAAGGUGGCGGGCAAGAGUCAAGCAGAAGGAAACAAAAAGGAUCCUCUGUUUCCGGAGGAUCUCAUCUCCUAUAGCUUCCAAGUCGCGCGAGGGAUGGAGUUUCUGGCUUCUCGGAAGUGCAUCCAUCGAGACUUGGCCGCCAGAAAUGUUCUGCUUUCCGACAGUAACGUGGUGAAGAUCUGUGACUUUGGCCUGGCCAGAGACAUCUACAAAGAUCCUGACUACGUUCGCAAAGGCGAUGCCCGUCUGCCUCUGAAGUGGAUGUCUCCUGAGUCCAUCUUUGACAAGGUGUUCACCACCCAGAGUGAUGUCUGGUCUUACGGCAUUCUGCUGUGGGAGAUCUUCUCGUUGGGAGCGUCUCCAUAUCCCGGUCUCCACAUCGAUGAGGACUUCUGCCACCGGCUGAGGGCAGGGAGCAGAAUGCGAGCGCCUGAGUACAGCACGCCUGAGAUCUACAGCACCAUGCUGGCCUGCUGGGAGUCCAGUCCCACGGACCGACCCACCUUCUCCACCCUGGUGCAGACUCUGGGCGACCUGCUGCAAACCAGCGUGCAGCAGGGUGGUAAAGACUACAUCCCCCUGGGAUCUGGAGGCACAGUCUGCGGUGGGUCUUUCAAGCAGAGCCCACUCGCCGUGAUGAACCUGGGUUACAUGCGGAGCCUGGCAACACUGCAGAUGUUUGAGGAACCGCCCUGCGAGGAAGCGAGCGCCUCGGAGGAGCUGAGCGACAGCGGGAUGAUCCUGCCAUCUGAGGAACUGCGGCAACUUUUGUGGGAGAACAGCAUCAGCAGGUUCUCCACCAACCCCCAGGAAAUCACGGAGACACUCCUGAGUGAAGACGACAGCAGCCUCCAAGACAAAAAGCAGUCAGCGCUGCAGAGCGAGUGGGAGGAGGCGCGGCCUCCUCCUCCUGCGUUUCUCUGCCCGUCUCUUCAAUGAUUCCAUCUGUACUGACAGGUGACACUUGUAUUUGCUCAACAGCAAAUCACCCUGUAAUCUGACGACGUUCAUGCUGAAUGUAUGUCAUGUCUUGGUACCUGCAGUAAUCUGACCUGUCUAAAGCCACAACAUGCUGGAAACACAAGAAUGUACUUUAAUGCUGGAAUUUAGCUUGUUUAUUAAAUAGUUUUCAGAUGUAUUUUAGCCCCAUUUGCAUUUACUCUCACAACAUUUAAAGAAGUAAACAACUUUAAUAUUGGAACAGAAACAUAAUAAACAUUAUUUGUGUUUAAACAGCUAUGCAGGCAAUUCACCUGAACAUUUGGAGUUUUGUCUUUAAGCUCUUGUUUUGUGUUCAAGAAGACAGAGAGAAAUCAUGUUUUUUUUUUUUCCAAAAUGGCCUGCUUCUGCCAGAUCCAAGAGGUAGCUGCCAGUGUAGUGUGGUGACCUUUUCAUACGUCGAACGGAGAACUGAAAACGAGGAAGUAAGCUUUGGAAUUUCAGCCACAAGGACUGUAAAGCUCCGAUGUAAAGACUGAAAUCAUUGGGGAACCAGAAUAAAUGGUCAACACUACUGAGAAAGUUGAUGUUUAGCUGUGGUUCAGGGGAACAUGAUGCUCCAGCUGUGACCUCAACUUGACUACAUGACUUGGUGAAGUCAACUUUGCUCACUUCGAUCACUACAGAAAGUUCAAGCUCUACUUUAAAAUGACUGGACUCUGAGUGAGGAGUCAUGCACUGCUGAGGCACAACAUCAGGUCAAUCCCAGCUCAUUGCAAGACUGGAAGAGUCACCCUUCCCUGCUGGUUACAUCCCUAACAACUUGGAUGUGGAUGUCGACGACACUGAAAGAGUGAAAACCAGCCUUGCGUUAAUUCAUUUUCUAUUCAUAUUGCUUGGGAUUUUCUCACUAAUA